AUACUCUGCACUUGGUGUCCAUCUGUAUUGUCAGCAGAAAUACAGACAGUGCGGUACCUCCGCCUCUUCUUCCCCAGUCAUCUCUCACUGCCCACACAACACUAAGAUCUCUCAGAUUUUGGUUUCUGUUUGUUGAUGGAACCCUACCAUGAAGUUUCAGAAACGCCAGAGCAGAUUAUACUACGCUGGGACUCUGCCGCGCCGGAUGAAGUGAAGGAUAACAUGAUUUUUGACUCCGACAGGGAAGAGAUCGACCGAUACUUGCGGGCCGUCGAUGAAAUCCAGAGGUCGAUGUCGUCGGCUUCGAUAUUGGACGAUCAGAACAAAGUCGAUUCCACUAUGCAGAUUGCCAUGGCCAGGCUUGAGGAUGAGUUCCGUCACAUUCUGUCCACUCAUAUCAUUCCGAUCGAGGUCGAGUCGCUUACUGAUCCGUCUCCAUCUGCUUGCUCCAUGUCCAGUUGUACGAGUGGUGUCUUCGAGGACGUGAACGACGACGAAGCGGAUUCGCAGGAAGUUCACCUCAAUUUAAGUGGUAGUCCAAGUUUUGGGUCAAGUGGACGAUCGAGCUAUCGGAGGACGAGCAGUAUUCGUGAAAUUGAUCUGAUACCUUCGGGGGCGAUUAUCGAUCUACGGAGUAUUGCUGAGAGGAUGAUAGCGGCAGGGUACCUGCGCGAGUGCAUCCAAGUCUAUGGCAGUGUGCGAAAGUCCACCUUCGACUCCAGCUUCAAACGCCUCGGAAUUGAGAAACUGAGCAUUGGAGAUAUCCAGAGGUUGGAUUGGAACGAGCUGGUGACGAAGAUCAGGAGGUGGAUCAGAGCGGCAAAGAUUUCCCUUAGGAUUCUGUUUUCCAGCGAGAAGAGGCUCUGCCAGCAAAUCUUCUAUGGCAUAGGGACCGCCAUAGAGGAUGCUUGUUUCAUGGAGACUGUUAAAGGUUCUGUGACUCAAUUGUUCAAUUUCGCCGAAGCGAUCAGUAUUAGCCGCAGAUCGCCGGAGAAGCUGUUCAAGAUUCUAGACCUCCACGAUGCCUUAACAGAUUUGAUACCUGACAUUGAUGUUAUAUUCGAAUCAAAAUCGGCGGAAUAUAUUCGGAUUCAGGCGGCGGAGAUAUUGUUGCGGCUGGGGGAGGCCGUCAGAGGAACUUUAUCGGAGUUUGAAAACGCGGUGCUGCGAGAGCCGUCGCUGCAUCCGGUGCUGGGCGGGACGGUUCAUCCGUUGACAAGGUAUGUGAUGAACUAUGUGAGUCUGAUUUCCGAAUACCAAGUAGCCUUAGAGGAGCUCAUCGUGUCCAAACCGUCGACGGGCUCGAGGAACUCGGCAGAUAUGGAUGAGUUCGCGGAGGUAGAGGGGAAAACCCCGCUAGCGCUCCAUCUGAUAUGGAGCAUCGUGAUUCUGCAAUUGAAUUUGGAGGGAAAAUCCAGGCAGUACAAAGACCCUUCUCUAGCUCAUUUCUUUAUCAUGAACAACGUUCAUUACAUUGUUGAGAAGAUAAGAGGAUCCCCGGAAUUGCGAGACAUUAUUGGAGAGGUUUAUCUGAAAAGGAUGACCGGGAAGUAUCGACAGGCGGCGACAAACUACGAGCGAACAACGUGGGUGAAUGUGGUGUACUGCCUGCGGAACGAAGGGUUGAAUGCGGGGGGGAGCUUGUCUUCAGCCCCCUCAAAGAGCGCUAUUAGAGAGAGAAUGAAGAGUUUCAACGCCAUGUUUGAGGAGGUUCACAGGACGCAGUCGGCAUGGUUGAUCCCAGAUCCUCUGCUGAAGGAGGAGCUUCGCAUAUCCAUAACCGAGAAGUUGAUCCCGGCUUACAGGUCGUUUCUUGGCCUCCAUGGUCACCACAUAGAGAGUGGAAGGCACCCAGAAAAUUACAUCAAGUACUCGGUUGAGGAACUGGAAAAUGGCAUCCUGGAUUUCUUUGAGGGUUGCUCGGUACCCCAUAACUUGAGAAGGAGAUCUCACUGAAAAACAUGAAACUAAAAUUCUUUCAAUUUUUGGGGGAGUUUUUGAGGUCAUAUGGUGGUUACCUUCUUUAUCAUGCUUCGAAUAUUGGGCAACUGAUCUGCUCUGCUUUAGCUUUCCAACGGACCCUGAAUUCCCCUUCCUUGUAAGCAUUUUUUCUAAAUUAUUUUGUUCAUUUCUUAUUAUUUAUUUUGCUGGCUGCCUCCUCCUAAGCAUCUAAGUCUUUUCCAGUUCAGCAUUUUUCCUCUUUUCCAAACAAUUUUAGAUGUCUAUCUCAUAUGCGUUUGUAUUUAAUUGACGAAGAAGCUUUGAAAGCCUUCAGAAAUAGCAAAUAAAGAGAAUUUAGUUCUCA